AUGCGCUACGCCGACUCUAUCACCCUCGACCCCCAUAAGAGCGGCUAUGUCCCGUACCCUGCAGGCGGACUUUGCUACAAGGACGAGCGGUCCAAGUACCUCAUCACCUGGACCGGGCCUUAUAUCGACGGCGGCGCUAGUGACGUCGAGUCUAUGGGCGUGUACGGUCUCGAGGGCAGCAAGCCCGGCGCAGCACCUGUAGCGGUGUACGUCUCGAACGAGGUUAUUGGUUUGCAUCGUGGCGGAUAUGGCGGGUUGCUCGGCGAGGCGAUGUUCACGUCCGUGAAGUUGUACGCGCACUGGGCGACGAUGACGCUGGAGUCGGACACGCUGAUCGUGACGCCGUUCAACAUGCUCCCCGCAGAGCGCGAUGAGAAAUCCGUUGAGGAAGUCGAGGCGCAACGCGCGUUCAUCAAGCGAAACAUCGUCGACCGCCCGAAUCGCGAGCUGGUGCGAGACGCGGAGGCGAUGUACCUGGUCAGGAUGAUGGGCUCGGACUUGUCCAUCAACGCAUUCGCAUGCAACUUCCGGCUGUCGAGGGGCGGGCCGCCGAACAGGGACGUGGCAGAGGCAAGCUACCUCAACGCGCGCAUCAUCAAGCGGCUCGCGGUCAACCGCGUCGACGACGAUGCUCGAAAAAAGCCUAUUUUGCUCAUGGGUACCGAGCUAGACGACGAGCGGUAUGGAUCAUGCUUGAAGAGCUUCAAGCAGCGGCUCGGGCUGAAAGCGGAGGAUCCGGGGCCACUGGCUGGGCUCUGUAACGUGUCGAUGUCUCCGUUCCCUACCACUGGGAACUUCGUACGUGAAUUAGCCGAUGCAUUCCGCAAGGUCGCGGAAGAAGAGGUGCAGAAUUGCUGGAAGCGAGUCAAUGUCGCGCCGGCGAUCCACAGCUUCGUCAUGCAAGGAACGAAAGAUCUAUUUCUUACUUACCUCCCGAUGUUCAACUGGGGUAGCUAUCGACAACAGCUGAUUCUGUCCGCGAAGUUGCCAUCCGAGGUCAUGGAGGCAUAUGUACGUGCCCAGAGGGAGGAUCCAGAGGCUGUCUUCAGCCUACACACCUCGUCAGAGGAGCUGUUAUCGUCAAUCUUGCAGAAGCGCAGUUGCGUGGUGGAUAUACACCAAGGGCUACCCAUGCUGCACGGGGUUGCUGGUGAUCUCAAUUCGUUCUCGCGAUCGCGGGUCGAACUGACGGAGAUCACUGUCGUCAAGCACACCAAGCUGGCGCCCAGCGCACUCGCCGAUGACUAUCCUCCUGUCAUGUCGUUCUUCCUCUACGGCUCGUCGAAGGAGCAACACAUCGAACAUGUGCUGCUCAAGAACGACAAUGUUCAGCUGAAUUGUAGUCGCGUGGAGCUUGACUUCGGGCCCAGUACCGAGCGCAUCCUCAACGAGAUUGAUUCCAGCACCGGAUUCGUCCUCACAUUCGGCGACCUGCGUGAGCAGGCCAUGCAACCGUUCGGAACACGCCACAAGCCGGAUUUCUUCGCUCCCAGUAGGACGUUCCAAGUAUCCCUUCACAUGGAUCCGUGCGCAAGCCAAGGACUGGACGCUGUCGACAUGCAUCAGCUUUUCGACCAUCUCCGGCUAGAAAGUCCAGUAGCUCAGGGUACUAUCACCUUGGGAGAAAGCGUGUACGUGGACUUCGCCCAUCUCAACCGCGACACGGUUCCGCAGCUAUGUAUCACCCCCACGGAGAAGCUGACUCGGGACCAGCUGCUCUCGUCGGUCAUAAACGAUUACCAGAACAUUGUGGAUGGCAUUUCCCGCGUCGUCGCGAACGAGAAAACUACUAUCGCGCCAGACAUCGAGGAGCAUAUCCUGGCACGAGCCACGUUGCCCUCAAAAUACUCCCUGGGCAGGUUCGGCGAGGCACAAGACGGUCCAGCGACCGACAGCAAAGUGCAUGUCAGUCGGUUUACGGUCCCCCAUCCCAGUGACGAUCAUAGUCGUCAGAUGAUGGUUCGUACUGGCUGGAAGGAUAUGUUCGACGAGACGGUGGCAAACUGUAGGAGUCAAUGUGCGGACAGUCGAGCAUAGGUUUCGUUGGUAGACAGUCAAAUAGUGAGCAUCGCAAUGUGACAGGAAGAGUAGACUGGUAUUGUCGUCAGAUGGUGGAAGGGAAGGUCUCGCUGUACUUAGGUGAUCGACACGCACGUCGCAGAACUGGGCAACGACGCGG